AUGGAGAAGCCGGUGAUGUGUAGACUUUGUCUCGUUCAGGAUGUUAGAAUGCAUAUGAUAGUGAACACAAACCUUCAAGAAACGUAUGAGAAACUGACAGAUAUCCCAUUAGAAACCAAAGACAGUAAACCGGUGCUGGCCUGUUACAUAUGUUGGGCCAGGCUCCAGAACUGCUACAUACUUAGGACGAACUGUCUUUGGAGCGAAGAGCUUCUCACGGAAAUGAUAAAGAGCAAUGCGUUACAACAGUUCAGACCCCAAGACGUUCCCAUGGCAAGAAAACUUGAGGUCACACCUGUCAGACACAUUUCCACAGUUAAUGUGGCGGAAGAAAACUCUGAAACCUUUCCUGCAAUAGACGUAAAGUUGGAGAUUGUUGAAGAAACACACCAGCGUGAUCAAGAAAGAAAGAAUUUUAAUUUUGAUGACCAGAUGCCACAUUCAGAGGCUCAUGUUCUCCAGCCUGUUAAGAAGGAACCAGAAGAUCAUGCAACAGAUGAACCAGGGAUGGUGGAAUUGGAACCGAUUCUCGAAGACACCCCCACCUUCCAAUUUGCGCAAGUAAAUAUAAAAGAGGAGAUCAUUGAAACUUGCGACAAUAAUUCAAUUCAUAUAAAUGAUGAAGACAAUUCUGAACAAGCCGAUAUCAUAAACGGCUGUGCCGAAAGGGAUGAAUCUAAUGUCAAUGCUAACACCAGUAUUGUGAAAAGGACACACAAUUGUCACAUAUGUGAUGAAACAUUCAAUUAA